AUGCAACUCAGCAGGCAGCAGCAGCAGCAACAUGAGACAACCAUGCUCCUCAUCUUCUUACUUGCAGUGGUGUCCUUCGGUCUCGCUCAUGCCGACAACAUAGAAGACCCAUCCAAGACUGAUCCACCGGCUCUGAUGUCGCCACCUGCGCCUUGUGUUGGUGUUGGUGGUAGUAGUGGUGGUGCCGAAAGCGGCAACACUGGCUCCGGUCAUGUUUCUGGUCCCGGCGGCAGCGGGGACUACAAUUGGGGAUGGGGCUCAAGCCCCGGAAGCAGUUGGGGGUUCGGCUCGGGCUCCGGCCAGACUCCAAGUGGCGAUGGGAAGGGCUUCGGAUUCGGCUUCGGGUACGGGACCGGAUCAGGAUCAUCAUCUGGUUAUGGGUUUGGCACCGGUGGAGGCGGUGAUCAUGGAGAGGGCGGAGGAGCUUACGGGUUUGGUGGUGGAUAUAGCGGCCCAGGCGGCAGUGGCGGCGACGGUGGUGGUGGAGCCACCGGAGGAUAUGAGUUUGGAGGCGGACAUGGCGGUCCCAGAGGUGGCGACUUUAGUGGCGGUUGGAGCCCCCGGAAUGGAUGGUUCCCAUGGCAUGCUGGUCAUCACUGA